AUGUAUUUCUUCAGAAGCAUCUCAAUAUUCUGUAUUGUAACAUUUAACAUCGCGUGUUUCAAUCGCGUUCGCGCUGAAUUUACAAAGAGGAAUGGUGUGCAUUCAAAAUCGAGUUCCAAUUUCCCAGAACCGGAUAUUACAAUUAUCGAAGGGGACUCCUUAUGGGGACGAAAAAAAACGCAAGGAGAAUUUGAAACUUCUUCUGUAGCAGACCUAUACAAACUCUCAGGUUUCGAUGAUACUGAACAAGACAGCAAGUUUUCAACUUCAGCUUUAAAACGAUUCCUAGAUCAUUAUGCCGAAAAAAUCAGAAAUGAAAAAUACAGAAACGCUACUGAAAUUGUUGAAGAAAAAGAAGAAGUCAAAGAUAAAAAAAGUUGGAAUUUGAUGAGCCCCCAAAGACAAAAACAUCCAUUUGAAGACCCGAAUGGUUGGGUAUCAUUAGAUCCAAUACCAUGGUCAAUAUCGCAAGUUUCCAAAUGGCGUAAUAAACAUAAACCUACAGAACUAUCAUUCGGUCCACCAGUAGAAGAUAUUCCUCUAGAAAGUAAUUUAGAACUUUCCACGGUUUCAGAUACAUCACAAAAUUAUCAUAAAUAUAAAUAUCCUUCAAGUUUAAAUGAUUAUCAAAUUAUUUCUCCAAAUGAAAAUAAUUUAGAUAACACGCAAAUUCGUUACAAAAGGCCUCCACUACAGAGACCUUCAAUAGAAAAUACGGAAACUUAUAACACAAAACACAAGACGAAUAAAGUUAAUAACCAACAGUUGGGAAAACUCAAACACCAAACCACCAUUUUUUCAAACAGGUUAACUUCUAACCUUCAAAGUUCACAGAAACCAAAUUUGGUUGUUAGUGACAACAUGAUUAUAACGGAUGGACUCCUUCCAGAUUUUCCACACACUGAUAUAGAUUAUAACAGAAGGCAAGGUACAGAGUUGUAUCCAGAGACACAUCCAUUUACAGGUAAUGGGAACUGGGUGCUUUUGUCUACUAGUAAAGGAUACAAACGUCCUAAAAAACAAAGAGCUAUAAAAGUUCAGCAACAGCAAUUCGACGAACACAAAAAAGUUCAACUUGAGGUUCUGCCUCCCCUUGAAGAUUCAAAACUAAAUAUGACGACAUCUCACGGUGGUUUAUUACAAGUCGAAUCAAGUUUGGAAUCUGUAGAGCAAGCUCAGAAGAAGGUGCAAAAAUUACAAAAUUUGAAGAAGAAGAGACGACGACCCAUCAAUUUGAAAAAAAGAAAGAAGAUAGAGACUUUUAAUGCUGUUAGUAAAACUGUUCCUAGAAGUACGGAUAGUGGAGCGGUAUUAGCCGGAGUGGGAGCAGGACUUAUUCCUGCCACAAUGGCUAUGUUUGUUCCGAUGGUAAUGAAUGGAAAUAAAAGAAAAAAAAGGGAAUUCAUAUAUUAAAUUUAUACACAUAUAAAUCAUAUAAAAUAGUUGAU